AUGAUCUUGGCCAGAAAUCCUGUGGCUAACAUCCAAAAAAGUGAAGCAGUUUUCGACUCCGAGGCUCCCUUGGUCGCUUCCUUCUCAUCGAGAGGCCCCAAUUUAAUCACCCCUUACAUCUUGAAGCCUGAUAUAAGUGCUCCAGGAAUUGACAUUUUGGCCGCCUGGUCACGGGUUGCAUCGGUGUCAAACCUCCCCAACGACACAAGGGUCGUCAACUACAACAUAAUCUUGGGCACUUCCAUGGCUUGCCCGCAUGUAACCGGUGUCGCCGUCUACGUCAAGUCUUUCCACCAAAACUGGUCGCCGGCAGCCAUCAUGUCUGCGCUCAUGACGACAGGUCUCUCUAAAGCCAAACCGAUGUAUCCUUCCGCCGGCCAAGACCAAUUAUCGUAUGGAGCCGGCCAACUGAACCCGGCGAAGGCCGUCGACCCAGGUCUUGUCUACGACGCCGGUGCCAGUGACUACGUGCAAAUGCUCUGCGACUCGGGCUACAACGAAACCAUGAUCAGGAUCGUCACCGGCGACUCCAGUUCCUGCUCUUCCAGUACCAGUACUGGAACGGCGAGGGAUCUCAAUUACCCAUCCAUGGCCUUACAUGUUCAGUCCGGCAAAGCCUUCGCUGCCAAGUUCUUGAGAACAGUGACCAACGUCGGUAGCGCCCGACGCGGCAAGUACAAGGCCGAGGUCCGGGCUGAUCGCAGACUUAAUGUGGUGGUGAAUCCUAGUAAGUUGAGGUUUUCGGAGUUGAAUGAGAAGAGACAGUUCACUGUGUCGGUUUCUGGCGGGCCAUUGCCAGGGUACUCGACGGCGCCGGCGACGGUCAUUUGGUCGGACGGGAAGCAUCUGGUGAGGAGUGUGAUGGUUGUCUACACCGAUUUCUCAUCUUGA